GUGACGUGGCAAAUCUUACACCUUCGUCUUCUUCUUCACUUGAAAAGGCGGAACUUGAAACCCUAGAUAGAUUCAUACUAGCCGUUACUCUCUCUCUCCCUCUCUGACACCUUCACACUUCCCUUUAAUCUCUCUGCAAUGAGCUCGUCUGUAAUCGAUUCAAAGAAGCCAGCUAUGGUCUUGGAGUCUUCUAAUCCUCCUGAGUCACUGUUCUCUACCAAGACCCCUAACAAAAUCGUUAAAAGACAGAUCUUUUCUUCGACCCCAAAACCUGAAUUCGUUGUGAAAUUACCCGAAAGAUUCGAGAUUCUGGAGGUGUUGUUCAAUGGGUUGGACACUGCAAUUAGAUUGCUUAAAUUAAAGGGUUCUUCGACUACAUUUGCUAAUAUAUGUCCCAAGAUUGAGUAUCUCACUAGUCGGAUCUUCUCGUAUGAUCAUUUGGCUCAGAUGAAGCAUAUUUAUCCAGAAGCCAUUGAACUAAAGAGAGUUUUGAAGUAUGUUGAAGCCACUUGUUGUAUGAAACCUAGUCUUCACAUUAGCUUGAACACCGACGCAGUUGUGCUUGACAGUACAGUUUGUGGAACUAAAUACAUGGAACUUAGGAAAGUGUUUCACUCAAAGCUUGUAGAUUUUUACAAAGCUCAUCCUAAGGAUGAUAUUCCGAAAGAACUGCUUCCUGAACCCUUCAAUUCCCCCAUAAGGGAUAGUUAUUUAGAUACAGUGAGCGAAGACUUGGGAGCACCUAAACUUGAAGUUGGAGGGUUUGAUGUUCAUAUGGAGGAGAUGGAGCAAGAAGAACAAACUGUCAACGAUAAAGUGAUUCAAGAUUCGACUUUAUCGGAUGGCACUAAGGAGGAGUGCUUAUUAUCACACAUAGAGUCAAGAAUAGUUGAAACCUCAGUCAAAGAUUUAUCCACUCCCUCCAAAGACUUGUCCACACCAACCCGGGUCAUGAGUGCUACACCGACGUUGCAGCUAUCUAAAAGAUGUAUUGAGUUUACUCCAGAUGGUGGUGUUGAUGGUAACUCUGUUAGAUCAACAAAUGGUUUGGCAAAGGGUACAUCUCGCAGUCUGAAUUUUGAUACUUUUGAGGAAGAUGCAAUUGUAAAGGAUGACAACGGUAACAAAGCUGAUGAUGAUGCCUCUAAUAAAGAUAGCCUUCUUCAGUCAGUAAAGGGUCCAUCUCGCAGUCUGAAUUUUGACACUCUUGAGGAUGACACAACUGUGACAGAUGACAUCAGUAAAGGAAUCAACUUUGAAGCUGGUGAUGUUGCUGAUGAAGAUGGUCUUCUUCAGUCAAUGGAAGAGAGACCAAAGACUGAAUCCGAGAAGGACAAUUUGCCACAGCUUGUUAAUUUGAUUCAUAAAUUGUUUCACUCAACAAAUCGAACUGUCAUCACGAAGGAGGAGCUUCUUCACAAGAUUAUUGCAAACCAAAUCCAAAUAACCGAUAGAAGGGAAGUGGAGGAACAAUUAAGUUUGAUGUUGCAAAUAGUUCCGGAUUGGAUCACUGAAACAAAAGCAUCUUCUGAGUAUGUUCUUGUUCGCAUCAAUAAAAUCUGGGCUGCCGAAACAGUACGUGCAAAACUUGAAGAAGCAACUUCACAGGACAUUUCAAUUGUCUGCUGAAAAACCCAUAAAAACUGAAUGUUUUUGCGUUAUCUCACUCUCUUAGCUCACGUAUCAUUAUUCUUCACAAAAUAGCUUCUGUCUUAGUUGAUUCAACCAAUAAACUUGUAAUAUUCUAUUUAAAACAUAAUAACAUGUUUGAUUAUGAAUAUAAGGAGACGAAACUUCAUCUAA